AUCCAUUCCAUCAGUGUUUUGUCUGCAGAACACCAUCAGGGUUGUAAGUUAGAACAUAUAAUAACAAUAAUUACAAAUAAAUACAAAAGGAAGCCAACAUUAAAUGAAAUACGGCUGGGGUUUAUUGUACAACUACAGCAUGGAGAAUGGAUCAGUGGUGACGUCAUUCAUAUUGAUGGCAUACACUCAACUAGAAGACCAUAGAUAUGUAUACUUCACAGGUUUCCUGCUUUUGUUCAUCAUUAUGGUAUUAGCAAAUGUAAUUCUUAUUUUCGUAAUUUACACAAACAGAAAUCUACAUGAACCCAUGUAUUUUUUUAUGUGUAAUUUAGCAGUGAAUGGAAUUUAUGGCAGCACACCUUUAUUGCCAUCAGUACUUGGCUAUUUAAUGUCUCAGUCUUAUGAAAUGUCUCUAACUGCUUGUCUUUUACAGAUCUUUUGUAUACACACAUAUGGUUCAGUUGAAUUUAAUAUUUUAGCAGUGAUGGGCUAUGACCGGUUUGUUGCCAUUUGUCAGCCAUUACACUAUCACCGAUUAAUGUCUCAUAGAAAAGUGUGUGCCCUUAUUGCAUUUUCCUGGAUUUAUCCUUGUAUUCUUUUUGGACUCUAUUUCAUAUUAACUGUACAGCGUACAUUUUGUGACAAAGUCAUAGAAAAGCUGCAUUGUAUGAAUUUUGAAUUAGUCAAAAUGUCUUGUUUUGAAAUCUCCAUUCACAGCAUAGUUGGCCUUGUGGUAACUGUUUUUUUAGUUACUCUGCAGUUCCUUGUGAUACUAUUUUCAUAUGCACAAAUACUCAAAAUCUGUCUUUCUGCUUCUAAAGAUUCUCAGAAGAAAGCAAUUCAGACAUGUACCCCACACUUGCUGGUUGUGAUUAACUAUGCAUUGGGAUGGUUUUUUGAAGUAAUUCAAACUCGUUUCAACAUGAGUCAUGUACCUUAUAAUGCUCGGAUAUUCAUGUCCCUUUACUUUCUGAUAUUUCCCCCAUUGUUUAAUCCUGUUGUUUAUGGAGUUAGCAUUCAAGCCAUGAGGGUUCAGAUUUUCAAACUCUUUAUUACUUGUAAAAAUAACUUAUGUAGGUGA